CGCCGCCGCUCGCACACGGCACAGAGCGACUCCCUCACAACAACAACAGGCGCGUGAGCCCGCCGGGUGCUCCGUCCUCGUCGUGUCGUGUGCCACCACGUGAACCGCGGGCCGGAUAUGUGAGAGCCGUCACUCGUGUCUGCUGCCGAUGAAGCUAUGCGGCGACAACGGAGCGCGCGCAAAAUGAAAUAGUGAGAGUGAGCGGCGACCCCCGGCAUGAGGUCGGGGGAGGGCGAGGGCUCGGAGCUGGCGGAGUUCGGCACGCGCUGGCCGCCGCCCUACACGCAGGGCUACGGCUGGCGCUCCGCCACGCCGCAGCACCCGCCGGCCCACCACCUCGCGCGCCACUCGCGCUCGCAGCAGGACAAUCGUCACACCAGUUACGAGGCGGAGGACGCGCGGGGGCGGGCGCGGGGUGGCGUGUACUAUUCCCCGCCCGGCACCUCCUACACCAUCGUCGAGCGGCCGGCCUCCUCGCACGGCCACCACGCGUCCUACUCCCAGCACCACUACCAAGGGAAACUCAACAGGACACCGUAUCUAGGCUCCACUAGUAUAACCAAUAAUGCAGGACCCGCAAGUUUAAGAAACAGUACGAAUCACCUGAGCACAAACGGCAAGAAGCGGCCGAUAUCUCCGGAGCAGGUGCUGCGGCUGUUCGGUCAGGGCGGCGCGGCGGCGCUGGGCAAGGCGCUGCCGCCGUCGCACCCCCCCGCGCCACUUCCCGCGCCCCUCCCCACGCGACGACACUCCCCCGCCAGCAGUCCCAGCAGCACCACACAUCAUGCGAUCUAUCGCGGUGCGGGGGCGGUUGGCGGGGCGGUGGGGGAGCGCGAGCGGCCGUACUCGUCGGGCGGGGGCGCGCCGCCGCCGCCGGCCGAGCCCGCCACGCGCACCGUCACCAUGAGCCGCGACCCUGCUGACUCACACGGCUUCGGCAUCUGCGUCAAGGGCGGCAAGGAGGCCGGUGUGGGUGUGUACAUAUCGCGCGUGGAGGAGGGCUCGGUGGCGGAGCGCGCGGGCCUCCGCCCCGGCGACUCCAUCCUGCAGGUCAACGGCACGCCCUUCUCCGGCAUCUCGCAUGAAGACGCUCUUAAGAUGCUGAAGUCGUGUCGUCAGCUGACGAUGAUAGUGCGGACGGCGGGCGCGCUGGUGGGGCGGGCGUCUUGCUCGUGGAUGGACCGGUACGGCCGUCCCGCCUCGCCGCCCGCCCAACGUCCAGUAAGAUCUGCCAGCAAAGAUAGAUCUAUACGAAGGGUGGAUCUAUGCAUAGAGCCCGGGCAGUCCCUGGGUCUGAUGAUCAGAGGAGGCCUGGAGUACAACCUGGGCAUCUACAUCACGGGUGUCGACAAGGAGUCCGUGGCCGACCGCGCGGGAUUGAUGGUUGGGGACCAGAUCCUGGAGGUGAACGGGCAGUCGUUCAUCGACGUGACGCACGACGAGGCGGUGGCGCAGCUCAAGUACCACAAGCGCAUGUCGCUGCUGGUCCGCGACGUGGGCAAGGUGCCGCACGCCUGCACCGCCUACGGCGAGCGGGACGCCGCGCCCAGAAUAAGCGGAUGGGGGAGGAAGCGCGGCGCGGCGGCGGUGGCCGUGGAGCAGAAGGCCAAGUCGCUGCUGCCGCAGAGCGACCUGCCAGCGCUCGCCUACUACAUGGAGGAGUACGCCGGCCGCCGCCUCGCGCCGGACGCCUUCCUCACCGUCCUCAGGGACCUACUGGAUACGCCGCAGAAGUAUUCCUUACUGACUGAAAUUCGGGAGUUCUUGUUGCCCGAAGACAGGCCACGAUUCGACGAGCUAGUUUACAGAAGAAACGAGGAGAUAGCAGAUCAUCAUAUUAAGCGCGGCGUGGUCGGCGGCGUCGGCGGCGCGGAGCGGCACAUGCUGCCGUCCUCCACCAUGCACGACCUGCACGACCCGGAGGUGCCGGCGGAAGUACCGCUAGUGGUUGACCACCGCUCGCCCUCCGAGGAUUCCGGCCUGGGUCUCCCGCCCCACGAUCAGGCUUACAGGAGCAGUCGCGCGUGGCGGGCCGGAGAGCCUCCCCCGGACGAAGACCUGGACCCCCCGCCCGAGGAGUACGAGGAGGAAGGUCGCCGUUCGAGGCGGCAUUCUUCUCCAUGUAAUUCCCGGGAGGGCAGCACCACCGCUCUGCACACGCAGCACUAUGACGACGCUGACCAGUGCGGCUAUCUCGAGGGUCUGCGCUCAUCACUCGGUGGCUGGACGCAGAAAGUUAAAUCUUGGUACUGGGGACGACCUCUAGAGCUGGCGCACAAGCUGUCGCGGAGUUUCGACAUGAAAGAGGAGGGCGGUGCGUUGCUAGACGAGCGGGGAGGAAUCCGGAGGCAUCAGUCAAUGCAGAGGCUGCAGCACGGCGAUAACCAGGCCGACGAGAACAAAGCUGCGAAGGUGGUGCCGGACCACCACGGCAAUCUUCACAUCACAGUCAAGAAGACUAAGCCGAUUUUAGGCAUAGCGAUAGAAGGAGGUGCUAACACCAAGCACCCCUUACCGAGAAUAAUCAAUAUCCAUGAGCACGGUUCAGCGUAUGAAGCAGGGGGUUUAGAAGUUGGUCAAUUAAUAUUGGCGGUGGACGGUCACCGCGUGGAGGGAAUGCAACACCAAGAAGUGGCCAGAUUAAUAGCAGAAUCCUUUGCACAAAGAGAUAAACCAGAUAUCGAGUUUCUAGUCGUGGAAGCGAAGAAAUCGAAUUUGGAACCGAAGCCUACAGCCCUUAUUUUCUUGGAGGCCUAACAUCUACUUUCCCUCCCCGCCAGCGACCCGCCGGCCGCGCAGGGCAGCGCGACGCCGGGGGUCGACCUCACCGCGCACACCACGGAAUAGCCAACUCCAACCUGCGCUGCCACAUGCUCUUCUAGGCCAUGCGCCGGAGCCGUGGACAGAACUCGUUUGCUCUACGGAGGAUGAACAUGAACGAUAAUCACAUUAAAUAUUCACGACUCCUGACGUGACGUCGCAACGGACUGAAAUGAGACACAAAUUCUGAGGCGAUACUGUGCAGGUACUGGGCUAUUAUUAAUGGCACAAGGGAGGCAAUACAAUUUUUAUAUCUCGAUAAACUUAAAAAUAACUAAACUUUAAACUCCAAGAACUCUGCCCAAUAAUCCAAUGUUCUUGUCUUGUAUAAUUAAACGUCCCAGCCCCGGCCGGGGCCGUACGGGUAGAUUCAAAAUUUUUUAAAUCGUUUUCUAGAGAGUAGUAGUACCAAUUUACCGGUAGGCAGCGACUGAAUUUUGUAAAAAUUUCCUACGAUCAAUUGUAAUUUAUUACGUUGAUAUUGUAACGCAUCAAAGUAACAAAUAAAACGUAGUAUUUUUUAAAUACGAUUUCACAAAAGUAAAUAGAACUAGAUUCGUCAUCGGAUCGUUCUCAAAAUGCAGCGUACGUCGAGGCGCUAGAAUUUGGGCAACACAAUUUUUCAUCUUCUAUCUCGAAUCGUGUAAACAUUUUUAUUAGAAAUCAUUAGUAACGGUAGUGCUUGUCGUCGAAGCGUCAGCGGCCAUUCCACGCGGUUCACCUCACUCGAGUCAUCCAUGUGCCAUCAACGUCGCCUUCUGUUUAGCGCACGACAGUCGAAGGUACUCUCAUCCCAGAUCGUUGUGUCGGUGGUUAAGUUAACAUCGUCGUCAUCAGUAGAGCGGAGCUUGCAGCACGCGGACCACUUCUAAGCAAUCUCUACUUUACAUCCGAACACGGGUACCGAUAGAAUAGUUUCGUCUCCCCGAAUUGAUGAACCUCAUCAUUAGAUCGACCAUCAUCGGCUCCAGAAACUAGCGAUUAGUUCCGAUUAAAUCUCUAACACCGAUCGUCUCAAAGUUAAGUUUGCUUAGAAUUAAACAGUGCGUCAUUCCAUCGGUAGAAAAACGGUGAGUUAAGGAAAUUAUGGCGGAGAGGGAUUUGCCCACUCUAUUUGAAAACAUAGGUUUUAAGUGUGUGUUUGCCGUGUAUUAUUUAUUUAUUGUUAGCUCUUACGUAUUUCGGCUUUGUAGUUUAUUAUGAUGAUGUGAAAUAUAAAAAAAAUAAGAGCUUGAAAAAAAUCAUAUUCGCGUUACAUCGUAUUCAGAAUAAUGUUCUUCAAUCCACCGAGUAAUUAAUGUUUAAGGGGCCGGGUGCCAUCGAAAUUCUCAUACAUACGUAAUACC